CAGUAGUGUCAUGGCCGCCUGCUCGGUGUGACAGAAUUCUACGGGUCACAGAUUUCGUUAUAACACCUGUCCAGCCGGCCGGUUCCGGUGUAGCUAAAGUAGCAACGUUGUUGUAACAAUUGCACACUUUUAACGGGGGCUUUAAGGACAACAGGCGCCACGCAAUGUAUAGUAAAGAGAAUCAUUCAAAAGGAGCGAGUAAAGAGGAGUGGUUUUUCAAGAAGGUCAAAGCUGCCCUGGCAGUGGCUAUAAUAAAGAACAGGCCCUUGGGUGUGAGUAGCAGAGAGUACGCCGAGGCUUUGGCCUGCAAGCUGAUGAGCCAGGAUGCAAGCUGUAGAGGAAAAGCCCAGGGGCUGCAGCAGGAGGUGCUGAAGCUGCGGCAGGAAUUACUGAUCACCAGAUUGACAAACACAAAGAGCAGCACAGAGGCAGCAGGCCAAGACAACACGAUGUACAUCGCUUCGCAGGAUCUGUUUGGUCCAAGUGAGGCGUACAGCGCCGAGCCUCAACCGGCCAGCGACUCGGAGACUCCCGAACUCCUGCAGCUGGAGCCCCAGCCUGCCGCCGCGUUCCCUCCGCCGCCAGUUCCCUCCAGUCAUCGCGGGGUGGCGGCGCUCCCUCACGAGCAGUUCCUGCAGUCGCUGUGCGCCCUGCACCGAGUGGAAGAAAACAACCGAGGCCUGGAGUCGCUGUGGUUCAGCCCAGAUGGCGGCGUGGGGUCGGUGUUGGUGGACUCCGUGUGCCAGCUAUUGGACUCGGUGGUGGCGGCGUGCAGGGACCCCCCGCCGCUGGGACCGGGCGACCUGAUCCUGACGGCCUGCCAGGUGGCGGCCCGAGCGAUGGACCUCUUCUGCUCCCAGCGGCUGCCGUCGGCGGACUUCACGAGACGCGUGGAGGAGUCGCUGAGCGAGCUGACCGGGCUGCUGCUGCACAGCAACCAGCUCAGCAGGCUCCAGCCUGCAGAUAAGCUGAUGGAGUACCUGAUCACACUGGGGAGCUGCAGCAUGUCACAGUCCUUUCUCAUCCGUCACAUCCUGGCUCAGAUCAGCGCCCUGGCCGACCAGCUCUGGCAGGCCUUCCAGGGCCAGGAGAGCUCGGUGCUGAACCAGUUUCCCGUGGACCAGUAUCAUAACUCGUGCUACCUGUUCUGGAUCCUGGAGGAGCUCCUGCAGAAAUCGAAGGUACCGUGCACGGUGGAGGUGGGGUCGGAUCAGACGGGCUUCAUGAAGCACUUGGAACAGCGCGUCUUUCAGUUAUCGGACGAGUUCCCGUUGUUUUUCAUCUGCAUGUGGAGGUUAGGAGGUCUCUUCACCCCCUCGGACAGAUAAGAUCCCCCGAGAGCAGGGCUCAGGUGGGCUGCUUCCCUCUUCCUCCAUAUGACCGAACAGUUUGAAACAACAGACUCAACGCUGCUGACCUGCGUCUAGAGAAACCGGCACGUUAUUCUGUACAACAGCUCAGAUACUGAGCAAUUAGCGGACACCAUACUUAUUAUCCACCUAAAUUUCAUGUGAAGCCAAGAAAUGUCAGGCCGGGAAAACUGACACCCUAAAGGUGGAUAUCAAGGUGUUUUUCCCUGUGCUUUCAAAGGAUUAUUGUCGACGUAGAGGUAAUUCAUUAAAUUAAAAGGUCAUUAAAUAACAUAACACAAUAAUAUGUACUUCAUGAGGAUUUCAACUUUUUUUACAGGCUUUGUGUCACCAAACAAAUGUGGGGAACUGUUUGCACUUUGGGCCCAUUUUGUUUUCAUUUGGUCCAGUGGUGUAAGAUGCAUAACUGCACAACCGAGUAGGAAUAAUUAUAUUUUCUAAUGGUUGUGUUGUGUGUUCUAAUGUAUCUGUAAUUGAGAAAUAAUAAGAAAUGUUUUUUAAUUGCCAACAAAAAGGUUUAAACAAAGUUGUAUCCCUUCAAUGUGGUAAGGAUUUGUUUGACAUUGAAUUGCAGUUUUUUAAUUGAGUAAUAACACCGAAAACAAUCACAAUCACAAGUGCAAGCCACAAGAUGACUAAUGAUUCUCGUUAAGUGUAAAAUACUAAUCCUCUUUGAAUGGCUUUCUGUAAUGGAUCAGUGCUUACAGAGGCCUCAUGUGAAGGACUUACGUGCUUC